AGGAGAGCAGGGAGGGGAGGAAAGUUUUUUUUUUUUUACAAAGAGUUUGUCAGAGUCCCCCUCAGUCCUGAGCACACUCUAAGAGAGAGAGAGGGGACAAGGAGGGCGAGCCUCUCAGAUCAGUGAAGAUUUGUGCGACUGUGACAAUGCGUGUGGUGACUGUCUUCCUCUUGUCUGCCCUGCUUCCACUCUCUCUCUCCCAACAUGGGGACCCCUUUGCCUGGCUGUAUGGCCCGCGGAGUUUGAGAUAUGGCUUCCUGCAGGCAGACACCUCAGGAGGGGAGUGUCCAGAGGAGUGUGACUGCCCCCCCUCUUACCCAGUCGCCAUGUACUGUGAUGGCCGGGGCCUGACAGCCAUGCCAACCAUCCCCUCACGUGUGAAAUACUUGUACCUCCAAAACAAUGCUAUCACAGCUGUGCCAGACUCAGCUCUGGCAAACGCAACCAAUCUGGUGUGGCUCAUGAUGCACCACAAUCAGCUAACAUCUGACGCCAUUAGCAAGAAGGCAUUUUUGCAGUUGGGGAGACUGGAGCGUUUAUAUCUACAACACAACAAUUUGACCAGCUUUCCUCCAAACCUCCCUCGCACCCUGCGAGACCUGAGAAUCAACCACAACAAGAUAGAAAAGGUAACACCUGCAGACUUGGAGGGAAUGGAAAACCUCACUAUCCUGUAUCUCCAUGACAACGCUGUCACGGACAUGGGCACAUCACUGAAGGCACUCAGAUCUCUCACACUGCUGGACAUCAGCGGAAACAAGUUGACGAAGGUCCCGGAGGCCCUGCCAGAGCAACUGCACCAACUCUACAUGGAGUCCAACUCUAUUGAUUCUCUGCCUGAGGGCUUCCUGGGUGGUUUCACUCAGCUGCAGUACAUCAGGAUGGCUCACAAUCAGCUAACAGACAAGGGCAUCCCUGCCAACACCUUUAACGUGACUGGGCUGGUGGAGCUGGACCUGAGCUUCAAUAAACUGGAGAGAAUCCCCCUAGUGAGCACCACCCUGCAGCAUCUCUAUUUGCAAGCAAACCAGAUCAAAGAGUUCACCCUGGGCAGUUUCUGCAGUGUUGUGGAUGUGAGCAACUUCUCCAAACUCCAGACGCUGCGCUUGGAUGGGAAUGAGAUCAGUCGCGAGGACAUCCCUACAGAGUCAUCCGUCUGCCUGCGCCAGGCAUCCACCAUUGAGAUCUAACAGUGACACAAAGUGUGGCUCUCUGCUCACAAAAACAGCUCAGUUUACAGCAUGAACCAACAGUAUGACAUAUUUUAUGUGUGGCGUGCCAAAACCAAAGCACAGCAGGGGCGACAACGCAAUUUAACAUUGACAGCAGGUGGCAGCAGUUCUUACUGUAAUAUCCAAUAUUCACAUCACAGUGAAAGCAAAGGUCGCAAUAUGUGGUUAUUUGCAUGAAAGCAUUUUACAUCAAUAACCAGAUAUUUCACAUUUCACAGCUAAUUUCUAUGAAGUAUAAACAAUUCAAUAUUUUAUUAUUUUUCCUAACAAAUUUGGAUAAAUGGCUGGUAUUAAUUGAUCAAAUAAAUGUAAAUGAGGCAUAUAAGCCUCAUUUCAUUGCAGCAUGAGCCAGGUAUGAAGUUCCUUUUUACAGUAUUGAAAAUGAUCUUUUUUUAUAUGUUGCUGUGAGGAUCAGUGAUCUUUGUAAUCAGUGUUUUUAGCUGUCUUUGUCUCUCUUCCUACAAAGCAUGCCUUCCAUUGUUUUGUCUGAUAAGUUGAUGACAAAAUGUUAUGUAUCAUGUAUGAUGUGAGUUGAUCGUUUUAAAUCAUUAGCUGUUGUAGAAGCAUGACGAUAUCUUCAUCAUUUCUCUGAUGACCAUGUCCCAAAGUAAUUGCCAUUGGGUACAUUAUUUUUUUCUUGGUGAUUAAGUACUGUGACUGUUUAUUUUUCUUCUUUACAGUGAAACCUUUUCUUAUAGAUGUGGAUACAUAUCUAUGUACCAUGUGAAACAUCUUCAUACUGUACUGUUGUGGGUUACACUACACAAAGGGCUUUAGGUGUAUGAAAUAUGAUUCUCGAGUUACUGUAUGCAUUGCAUGGAUUGGUCAUCAUACUGACAAAGGGUUUAUGUGUAUGAGCCUGUUGUGGAAUAAAUAAAAGUUUCAAUUUUUAAGAAGA